UGAUUGUCCACCACAUCGAACGAACGCUUGCCCUUCACUUAUGAUGGAGAAGCAGGCAGGGGAUCUAGAUCGCAGAGACCACUUCCCUCUCUCUACCGUUCCGAGCACCCGUCAGCGCCGUCGCGUUUUCCCCCGACUGAUCGGCCUCCUCGGGGUCAUUUCAUGCCUUUGGCUGACUCUCCACUGGCUCCCCAUCCACCAACUUACGCUCAGGAUACCGUCAUGUCGUCAUCAUACUCGACCUGCGACUGGCGGGCACUUGUUCGAUGGCGAGAAGAUCGCUACAGAUCCGGCACCUGCGGACUCCGAACGGGUACCAUUCGAGGCUCAUAUUAUGAGUAAAUGUCCUGAUGCGCGGGACUGCAUACGGGAGCUCAUUGUGCCGACUAUGGAGAAGAUUAGCGACAAGGUGAACUUUGAGCUUUCAUUCAUCGCAACUGUAUCGAAUAAAUCUUCGGAUGUUGAGUGCAUGCACGGUCCCGGAGAGUGUAUUGGCGAUAUGCUUAUGCUCUGCGCUGCGAAUAUCCCCUUUAGACCAGAGGACGGCCCCGCUCAGGACCGGACACCCACCGUUAGAUAUCUUGGGUUUGCGACCUGCCUCAUCAGCUCGUACCAAGAUAUCCCAGACAGGACGCUGGUCGAACAAUGCGCGUUGGAACACGGUAUCGACUUUGAUGCUCUAAAUGACUGCGUCAGCCAGCAAGAUGACAACCCCAACAAAUCCACUCAUGACGGUCCGUUGAGCGGUGUUCGCCUCCUACGGGAGAGCGCUCGUCAUAGCGCGGAGCUCGGUGUGAAGACGAGUUGCACCGUUCGUCUCGAUGACACCAUAUGGUGUGUCCGAGAUGGCGGGAUCUGGAAGGACUGCGCGAAGGAUGGCGAGGGCAGUAAAGUGCCGGUAUUAGUCGACGAAAUUGAGGAGCUCUGGGAACAGAGAAACUGA